AUGACUGAAUUAGUUAAAUUAUUUGCUAUUGCUUUAAACGUAAAUGAUCUAAUCGUUGAGCUGAGCAGCAUGCGUGUUGGUUGUCGCAUAGAUGACGUUAGUAUAAAUAGUAUAAAUUAUGCUGACGACAUGGUGCUGCUCAGUCCGUCAGUUGAGGGUCUAAAUAAACUGCUGAGAGUUUGCGAGUCCUAUGCUAUUAAGCAUGGGCUCCUAUAUAAUGUCAAAAAGACGGAAUAUCUAGUCUUUAAGGCCGCCGGCAAAAGCACCGAUCACGAUCUCAAUAUCACCCUGAAUGGCAUGAACAUAAAGCAUGUUUCAAAAUUUAAAUAUUUGGGACAUAUGAUUGCUGACGACCUUAAGGACGAUUCCGAUAUUGAUAGGGAGCGUAGGGCUCUGGCGGUCAGAGGUAACAUGUUGGCUCGCAGAUUUGUGCGGUGUACUGAACAAGUUAAGAUCACGCUUUUUAAAGCAUACUGCCAAAACAUGUACACCGGGAGUCUGUGGGUCAGCUAUACCAAAAAAUCGCUAGAUGCUAUGCGGGUCCUAUAUAAUAAUGUGUUUAGGAUGUUGAUGGGACUGCCUCGUUUCUGCAGCGCGUCGGCAAUGUUUGCCGAAUACCAAAUUGAUGGGUUUGCGGCCCUUAUCCGUAAAAAAAACAACAUCGCUGAUCUUCAGAGUGCGUGGCAGUUGCAAUAG